GUUUUCGGAUAGAAGCGCCUCUUGCAUUUGAGCCUACUGUAUCAGUGUCCGCUAAUCGCCUUGUCAUUCUUAGCGGAGGCCAUUAUCGUUUACUUCGCCCCGCAUCUCCCCAUUGUGCAGCUUCCCGGCAUAGCUCCAAGCUGCCAACCGCCAAAACAUGGUUCCCAAACCCUCGUGGCUAAAGUCGAACAAGUCGCACACAUCUGUUGACAAUUCGUCUGGGCAGCAUUCACCUGUGCCCUCUGUGAACAACGAAUUCCAGAAUCCCAACGGGCAGCAACAGGCGCAGCUCGGCCAGCAGCCCUCUUUGCAGCAGCCUCCUCUCGGUGUUGCCCAGCAGCAACAGCAGUACAGACCGCAGCAACAGCAGCAGUAUCCCCAACGUACGACCAGCACGAGUGCCAGUCACCGCCUUAGCUCGCACGAUCAGCUGCAAGGCUACCAGCAACAAGCUGGGCCUCCUGACCCCUCACCUGGCUUCGAUCAGUCUCGUCCCAGCCCGCAACAGUUGCCGGCGCCCGUAUACACGCAGGAGCAGCCCAAGAAGUCGCGACUCAGCCGUAUUGCUGCUGGACUGACAGGGCACAAGGAGGACGACCCCUCGAAGCAGGCGAACAAGAACGCAAUUGGAAGACGCCAGUCGACAAGAGGCAGGGAGAAUCGACCCCAGGAGUAUCCGACGCAGGACGCGCCCCGUCUGAAUACGCCGUCGCAGCAAUAUCACCAGCGGCACGGUUCCCAGCAACAGCUGCCCACCUCAGUCGAGCAAGACGAAGGGAGCCCAGGCCUCGACCCUUUCCUCCAGCAGGACCCCAAUACGCCUGAAGUACCCCCAAAGGACCUUCAAUACCAGCAGCACCCACAGCAGUUCAUUCCGAACUCGCACCAGGGUCUGCACAACCGGCCCCCACUCGACAGAGUAAGCACUGAAGGUAGCUAUCAGAAGCAGGGCGGGGUAGAGCACUACAACCCCGAUCAACACCAGGGUCCACAACAACCACAACAGCAGGCAAAUCAGCAGCAAUACCAAAACUACCAGCCGAUUGUCCAACAAUCUCAGGGCUCAGACAGUUAUCAGCCCUUUGCUCCACAAUCGGCACCGAGCCCUCGGCCUGGAAACGUUCAGCUGCACGGUCAGGAUAUUGCACAGCAACAACGCAACUACUAUCAAUAUCAACAACAGCAAGCUUCCCAGCAAGCUUCCCAGCAAGCUCAAGGGCAAUCACCGCAGGACGGCCAUCCCCAGAGCAACCAGUUCCAACAGCAGCAGCAGUUUGCGCCGCCACCCCAGUCUCAGCUACAGCAAACUCAAGACUUCCGUCAGCAGCAGGUCCACCCUGUUCGAACUGCAUCACUGCACCAACCUGAGUUGCAACACCCCCAAGCAACUCGUGGUGUGCCUCAGAUAGUGCAGCAGGGCCAACCUAUCGACACGCAGCAACUGCAACAGCUACGGCCACCCUCUUCUCAGCAACAGCCAGCCCCACCUUCGCCGCUGCAGCAUCAGUACCAAAGCUACGAUCAACAGCAGUACCAACAGUCGCAAGCUUCGGAUUCACCAACGUCGAAAAUCUCAGCUCAAAACCAAAGUCAAGAUAAUAUGGCACCUGGCAGUCAAAGCAAUGGCAGGUUACGCAAAGUGGCUGAUGGGGGUCAGCAGCAGUCCACGACUUCGUCUCGAGAGUCUUCACUUCUACAGCAACCUACAACACAAGCUUCGCAAGGCCAGCCUUACCGAGGUGACAAACAGAGCGGAGAGACAGGGCGUGGAACGCCUCCACCACGAUCGGCUGCCAGUGAUUUGGAUCCAGAGGACAUUGAGAAGAUGAUGAAGGAGCACGAAGUUCUGCGCGAGAAAUACCAAAAGGUGAAAAGGUACUUCUUUGAGCAGCAGACCCAGGUACAUCAGCUGCAGAAUACUCUGGCAAACCAACGUUUGUCUUUGUCACGCACGUCGUGGGACGACAGCGAGUACGCAACUCGCUUUAACAGACUUGAUGGCCUAAUUGCGCAACUAUCCUUCUCCAUUCGCAAAGAUUGGAAAUCGAUCCCCAUAUGGUUACACCCAGUGGUCAACAAGAAUGCGGUAGAAAUUGGCAAACAGGAGAUGACUGCCGUUGGCCGUGCCUUCAUCUCGCAAUGGCUAGUCGAAAAUAUCUUCGAGAAGUACUUCCAUCCCGAUCUAGAACCUGGCUUCUCGACUCAGCUCCAGAUGAUCCAACUCAACAUCCGCAAGUUCGCGCCCUCGUGUCAUUCUACCGAGGACGAAGAUUCGCUGGCUGCGAAGGUUAUCAAUUGGCGAUUGGCUACACUCGAAGGUCUGUCAGAUCUGCUAAGAGCGCCACAAGCCGAGUCGAACCGUCAGAAGCUGACAGAAACACUGAACGAAAAGCUCAUCGCAUCACUGCAAAUGUUGUUGAACGAUCCAGCACCUCCUGAUCUGGCUGGUGGUGUGCCCAUGAUUGUCGAACUGGCUGUCAGUAUCGCUCAACAUCUGCCUCUAGAGAGUCGAGAGGUCCACAUCGAGUAUUUCCCGCCUGGUCAUGGCAUCGUUUCAGAAUUUAUGAAGAUAGAGUCUGGUAUCCCACCCUUGACAAGCCCAAUCAAGGAGGUAGAUGAAGCAGAUCGAGUCUCGCUGAAGAGUGUAGCUUCCAAAUUGGACGACAAUGCAUCCGUUGGCGAUCAAGACAUUCAGGGACAGCAAGGAUCACAGCUGCCAAAGGAAGACAAGAAGCGUGGCUUCUUCGGCGGAUUGAGUGCCUCGAAGAAACCUACGACUGCACCGGCAUCGCUUGGUAAGCGCGAAUCAUCUUUGGGCCAAGGUGGCAGCCAGCAGAGCCUCACAGGGCCGCCUGGGAGCUCGAGCGGACAGAAAGAUGAGCCACCUUCACCACGAGUGCGUCUGGCUGUUGGUGUAGCAGUACAGAUCAGAGGCAAGAGUGUUUUGAUCAAAGCACCUGUCUACAGCACUUGAGUGUGACGCUUGGAUUGGAUGUAGAGAGGAUAUGGACAUGGUCUCCUAUUUCGCUUCUUCAUACACGGGAUGUGCAGAUGGCGGUAUCUUUGAAAGGCACCACAGCUAGAUAUUGAGCGUCGAUGCCUGGAAGAUUGUCGUUGUAUUUAGCGAGCGUUGGAUUUGAUGAUGGAUUUGAUGUGCAUGUACCGAUACCCUCGCUGUUUCUACGGUUGAGCAAAGCAUAGCAGUAACGAUGAAGCUUUCGAA